AUGGCGACCGACGAGGUCUUCGACCUGCUGUUUUUGACAGACGCCACCGCCUCCAUGCGCAGCUAUCUCCAGGCCCUGAACCAGUCUCUCCCCGAAAUCAUCCGCAUAUCCUCCCUCACAGACGCCUUCUCCCGCGUAGGAGUCAUGGCUUACCGUGAUUAUUCCACCGACAGUCUGACGGAGUGGUCUGGCUGGCACGCGGCUUCUGCUCGGGAAGCCAACGAGAACCCUGACUCCAUCUCGCAGGCCAAGCUACUGGAUAUGGCCGGCAAGAUUCGGGCAGAAUCCGGCUGGAGAAACAUCGAUUGGCCCGAGGCUGUAAAGUCGGGCCUCGCUCAUGCCUACAGCGUCAUGCGUCCAGAGGCCAUUACCAUCAUCGUCCUCUACGCCGACGCCCCUCCCCAUCUCCCGGGUACGGACACUAAGAACAGACGGAGGGAGAUUGACCACCUUUCCAACCCAGACACUUUCAAUGGCUGUGGAUCCCUAUUCACCGACUGGGUUUCCGGUGCCAAGACCCUCCGCGACGGCCAGAAGAAGGCCAGGGUCUUUCCACUCAUCCAGGGUGCCAUCGCCGACACCGUGGCCCCCUUCACCUAUCUAGCCCACGUCACGGGCGGCACCUGCUUCCAGCUGGCCAAUGCUCAUCCCGACAUCUCCACGGCCGACGCCAUUUCCCAGUUGACUACCGCCAUUCUCCUCACCUGGAUGGGCGUUGCGAAGCAGGGCGCCUCCGUCUCCGGACAACGCCGUUUUGCCCGCGUUUGCCAAUACCGAAAUGCCCAGGACCUGGAACAGCUCAAGAGCGAGGAGGAUAGAGCUGCCGAGGUCUUCUUUCCAGUUGAUCGCCAUGUCGAAGGCCCGGCCAAUGCCAAUAUUACCUAUGGACAUUUUACCCUCGAUGAGCUGCCCGAGGCUAUUGAGCCUCGCAAGACUCCACUUCUGGACUUCUCCAGACGCUAUCGUGUCGACGAGGGAUACCGCACUCUGGUUGCAAGUCAGCUCCAGUCCAUCAUCGAAGCCGACGUGGCCACCGUUGCCGUCAACCCUGUCUUCGGCAGCCUCUGGCGAGCGGCCUGCAACGAUCGAGACAACCCUGCCCGAGAUCAGCUAAUUUCGUCAUUCGGUUACCAUGUCGAUCGGAUAAAAGACCUCAACAAAAGGGCACAAAUGAAACUCUGGCUCGAGGAGUCAUACGAUUAUGCCGCUGAGGUCUUGGAAAUUAUAGGGACGGUACCCGAAAGCCAAAGGUUUCCGUGCGUCUUCAUGGACCCCACAGCAUCGUUCGAGGCCACCGACGACGGCGGCGUCAGCGAAGAGGGCAGAGAAGCCACCGGGCCUGCCUCUACGACAUUCACCCGGGAAGAGCUUCUGGAAAUCGGCCGAUCCUGCGACUACCGUGUUCUUCGACGUCUUGGAAAGGUGCUGACGCGCUUGACCUACGUCAACUCGGAGAAGGAAUUGCCGGUGCACAUCAAGGCGGCCGCGGUUGACCAAGUCACGAGAAUCCCGGUGGCUCUGGCGAACCCAGAGCAUCAGCGCAAAUUUUGGAAGAUUCUUUUGCACCUUGUACUUCCUGGGACAAUGUUGGCAGCCCGUCCUGCCGCUCUCCUCGCCGCACUCGCCCUGCGAAUGGGUAUCCAACCACUCCGAGAUGCCGCCGACCAGGAGCUCCUUGGCUUCACCGACAAAUGGAACAACCUCGACAUCCCCGAAACGUGGAAUGCCAGCUGCCUCUCGCUCCUGCUCGAUGCUGACGAGGAUUUUGAACGACGGGUUGCUGAGGGUGUGACCCCGCGCCCAGAUCCCGAGACUCGCAUCCUGCUAGAGGGAGACCGCCACCUCUUCAAGACUCUGGUUGACUACAAGCUCCUUGAGCUGAACCUGAACACCACCCUCCAGGCCAAGAUUGGGUGGUGUCCUGAGAAGUCAAAGGUUGCCGUUGGUCCUGUUGCGGUCUGUAAGGGCUGCAGGUUCCCACGUUCGGUCACUAUCAUGGGCAACGAUGGCAUCUGCGGCCUUUGCCCUCAGCAUGACCAUUGCAAGUGUUCAGUUUGCAAGCCAGCGGAUGACGCAGAUAUUCGUCUCUGCAACAACGUCAGCUACGAUGACACGGAGAACACCGAGGCCACCUGGGUCGAAUGCUUUACCCCGUCGUGCCGCGCACAGUAUGUCGUUUACAACCCAGAAACACUCAACGUCCGCGCCAAGUGCUACUACUGCCGACACGAAAACUCGCCCAAGGCUGAAAGCAAGACAGCUCCUUGUGUCGAGUGUACCCAGUGUUUGAACCGCGUCAUCUGGCCGAAGACGUAUCGCUCGGCAGACUUCGAUGUCUCGACCUUCAAGUGUUACGCCUGUGCGACGAAUCGAGUCACGGUAGUCAACCACGAGACUUCUGCCAAGGGGUUGAGCAACGAGAACGGAGACGCAUGGCUGCUACGUAAUGAAGGUUCUUUGAUCAAGGACCCUUUCAAUGGACGGUCUCUCUUCCACACCAUUUCCCAGGUCCCCGAGUCUCAACGAGCAGCGCUCACAACCGACGUUGAAGUCAUUCCGUCCGCCCAGCAGCAGCAGCCGAUCAAGCUUACCGUUCGCGGGAAGCCGGUGCACAACCCUGCUGACAUUGUCGAGUGCCUCAGUGGUUGGGUACGUUCCCGACGGACCGAGUCUGGCGUCUGCAGCCUCUGUUUCUCCAAUGUCAAAAAGACGGAUCUCCGUCGGGCUUGCGGCCGCAAAGGCUGUCAUCAGCAAGUUUGUAGCGGCUGCUCAAAGGACUGGUACGGUCUUAACACUCGGGGAACACUGAUCAACGCUGCAGCCCUAUGUUGCCCCUUCUGUCGGCGCCGGCCGACCGCCAAGACCGUUUCGCCCUUCGGCGUGUCUCACAUCGGCGACCUCAACACGGCGGUGGCGGACACGGAGUGGAUCUACGGAUGGUGCCAGGAUUGUGGGUUCGCUCGGAGAUAUGCUGAAAGAGUGUGCGCAGCUGGAGCCCCCGAGGUCUCGGGAUGGUCUUGCGAUGGGUGUAAGAAGGGCGGCAAGAUGCAGGUUCGAAACUGCCCUGGUUGCGGAACGCCGACGGAGAAGAUGGGAGGCUGCGGCCACAUUACUUGCACGGUCCCCGGAUGCUCUGCCCACUGGUGCUUCUUCUGCGGGGAGAACGUCGGGCUCGGAGACAUUUACGCGCACAUGAGCAGCGCCCACGGCGGCUACUGGGACACCGGGGGCGACGAAGAGGACGACCGAUACGAGAACGAAGAAGACGAAGGUGGCGAGAUGUACGACGAGUAUCAGUAG